AUGGACCAACAAACAGAUAUGGAGGGAAAUCAGUCAAGACCUACAUCAUUCAUCCUUUUGGGAUUUGGCAACGGCUUUGAAUUGAGAAUUAUCCUCUUCAUUUUUUUUCUAGCUAUCUAUGCUUUGUCAAUUGUGGGGAACCUUCUCAUCGUUUUACUAGUUGUGGUGGACCAACAUCUGCAUACCCCCAUGUAUUUCUUCCUCCUAAACUUAUCCUGUUUGGAGACCUGCUACAUUUCAACCAUCCUUCCCAGGAUGCUGGCUAGUUUCCUAACUGGGAAUAGAUCCAUAUCUAUUAAGGGAUGCAUCACACAAUACUAUUUCUUUGGUUUCUGUGCAGCUACUGAAUGCUAUCUGCUGGCAAUGAUGUCUUAUGAUCGUUAUUUGGCCAUUUGCAAACCUCUGCAUUAUACAUCUCUUAUGAAUGGUAGGCUCUGCCUCCAAUUGGUAUUCACAUCUUGGAUGAGCGGCCUGCUAACCAACACUAUAAUAACCUCUUUUAUGCUGGAGCUGACAUUCUGUGGACCCAAUGAAAUCAACCAUUUCUUUUGUGAUGUAUAUCCUGUGGCAAACCUCUCCUGUAGCAAUACACACUUAGUAAAACUUGCAACUUUCAUUCUCGGCAUUAUGGGAACAGGGCCCCCUUUUCUGCUAACUUUGUCCUCCUAUGUCUGCAUUCUUCUCACUGUCUUACGAAUUAAAUCCAAAACUGCACAGCAGAAGGCCUUCUCCACCUGCUCUUCCCACCUGAUUGUUGUGACAUUGUUCUAUGGGUCAAUAUUCCUUGUCUAUAUUGUCCCUGAAACAGAAACACUGAAGGAACUACACAAAAUCUUCUCUCUGUUCUACACUGCCCUGACACCCACACUCAACCCCCUCAUAUACAGUUUGAGAAACAGAGAAGUGAAGGAGGCUCUUUUCCGAUCUGCCCGGAAAUUCAGCAACAGAAUUUCAUAG